CUCCCUUUCGUUCGCCAUCACCUGCCCCGCUUUCCUUCCUCCCGUUCCCCUCCAAACACAACGCACUGCACGGCAGUAGAGAGAGAAAGUAAGAGAGUUACAGAGGAAGAGCGCAUUGGGAACUGCGCGAUAAGGUAAAAAAAUCAAAAGCAAACGAACGCACAGAGAGUGAGAGAGAGAGAGGCUCCUUUCUUUCGUUUUCUUCUUCCUUCUACUCCCCGGGUGGAGUACUACUCUACGAGCAGGUCGUAGUUGCCUCACAUUCCGAAUCCAUGGCCGCUACCCGUUCCCGCUGAGCCGCUCUCGCCCGCUACCUGGAACCGCAGUCUCUCCGCCAGUUACGCUCUGUCCCUACUGAUAAGUUACCAACAAUAAUGGGUCUUGGUAGUGGGUAGCAUUGAUUCUUGAAGGGGGUGAGGGUCGGAUUUACCGUGCACUGAUUGGUCUACGUGAGGGUAGUUCUUUCUUGGACUGUCUUCUUCGGAUAUUUAUUACUCUUGGUUCGACCGAACUUGCUAGGUCUUGGUUCAGAAAAUUACUAGGGGCAUUGAAGCAGUGAAGGCUAUAUUCACUCCUAAUUUUUUUUUAUACUUUGUGCCUCAAAGGGUAGCCACUGGUCACAUCAUGCAGACCCCAAAAGCAAGGAGUAAUUUGGAAGUCCCGCAGAAAGUCUCUCCUCGAGCUGUGCGCCAGCUUAAGACAGUUGCUGCAGAAUCGGACUCUGCCUCCCCUUCGAGUCAGGCGAAUAAGACUCAGAAAGAGAAAAGCCCAAAGGUGGUUGAGCGCAGGUCACCAAGGAGCCCAGCAUCUGAGAAAAAGCGUCCGAGCCGAAUAUCAGAAUUGGAAUCUCAGGUUUCACAGCUUCAGGAGGACCUGAAGAAGACUAAGGACAAGCUAACCUCUUCUGAGUCAUGGAAGAAGCAAGCUCAGCAAGAAGCUGAGGAGGCCGAGAAUCAGAUUGCUGCCUUGUCCUCGAAGCUUGAAGAGUCUCAGCAGCAGAUCAUUGCUCUCUCUUCUUCUGAGCAAAGCUGUGAACCCACUGAGAUCUUGCAGGACCAGAAUCUGACCUGGGAGUCUGAUCUGGCCUCUGCAAGGGAGGAGAUUGAGAGGCUCAAGCUUGAGCUUGAAAUGGUUGCGAAAUCGGAUGCUGAACAGAAGAAAUCUGCUGAAUCAACGAAUAUUGAGCUUCAGAACCUGAAAGGAAACUUAGCUGAAACUCUCUUGCUUGUGGAGAAUAUGAAAAUGGAACUGAACGAUUGCAAGGAAUCGGAGGCUCAGGCAAAGGGAGUUGUCAACGAGACCCUGCAGCAACUCGGGACUGCAAAGGCUACUGUUGAAGCCCUUAGGUCAGAGGGAAUGAAGGCAAAUGAAGCCUACUACUCAGUUAUUUCAGAGCUAGACCAGUCGAAGGCGAGAAUAAAACUAUUGGAGGAACUUGUCAGCAAAUUGGAGGCUGGCAUUUCUCAAAAACCUCGAGAGCAGAUCAAGGAGUUUCCUAAUAAUGGAGAAGCAAACGGGAUGGAGGAAGAGCUGAAUUCUUUGAGGGCCGAGGUGGAAAGAUUGAGGGUCGAGCUCGAAAAUGCUGGGAGAAGACACGGUGAAGAGAAAGUGAAGAUCUUGGAGGAGUUGAAAAGUGCUCGGGAACUAAUGGAACAGAUGAUAUUCAACUCUGGUCUGAGGGAAGCUGAACUUGCGACGGAGCUAGAAAGAGCUAGGGCUACGAUUGAGGAGCUGAAGGCGAACCUGAUGGACAAGGAGACGGAGCUGCAAGGGAUUGUGGAGGAGAAUGAGGGACUGAGCUCGAAGCUCGAGAAGAACCUCUCCCUCGAGAGAGAGUCCAAGCUUGAAGCAGAGCUGAAGGAGCUGAGGGAGGAGUUUUCAGACCUGAAGGCAAGUUUGAUGGACAAGGAGACAGAGUUGCAGAGUGUGUUAGAGGAAAAUGAAUCUCUGAAGCUCGAGAUUGAGAAGAAAGGUGAGAAUGUUAUUAAAUCGACUGGUGAGUUGGAAGCGGCCCGAGAAGUGGAGAGAGAAGCUCUGAUGAAGAUUGGUAUUCUGAUGGAGGAGACAGAAAAGAGCAAGGGAAGGGCUGCUCGAGUGGCAGAGCAGCUUGAGGCGGCGCAAGCCUCCGGGGCUGAGAUGGAGGCAGAGCUGAGGCGAAUCAAAGUCCAGUCUGAUCAGUGGAGGAAGGCUGCAGAGGCGGCAGCUGCAAUGCUCUCGGUGGGCAAUAAUGGAAAGUAUAUGGAUCGAACAGGGUCGCUUGAUAGCUGCUAUAAUCCUGGGAAGAUGGGCUCCCCGUACGAGGAGGAUGGGGAUGAUGACUUCAUGAAGAAGAAGAAUGGGAAUAUGCUGAAGAAGUUUGGAGUCCUCUGGAAGAAACCGCAGAAGUAGGGAUCUCAGCUGAGCCGAAAGAAUCAGAGCUCGCGAAGCUGAAAUGGAUUAGGAGAUCCCGGAACUUAUUGGAGUCCUCCAGAGAGUAUCUUAAUAUUCUGGCAGUGGCUGUUUUGUAGAUUCUAUGCUAAGGGCUUUUGAGCUCUAGGGCCUUUAUAUUAGAAAGAAGAUGACGCAUCCGUCUUCUUAGGAAAACCAAAAAAACCCAUUUUUAUUUCGUGUAACUAUCACACCAAGUAUCUCUGGUAUAACAUCAUCGAACCUUUAUAUUACUCGGUCGGUCAGUUUCUUAUCAGUUCAUUAAGUUUA